AAAAGCCUUUCUAGAAACGCUCAGACAUCCACUUAUGUCUCAUUGACCAGAAUUGUGUUGUGAAGCCAAACCUGGAAACAAGGAGAGUUAGCUGCCUCCUCCCCCAAAGUGCAAUUUUGUAACAACAACAAGGAAAAAAUGGAGAUAGAACAAUGAACACCGUUUGCUUUGAUUAGCACUGAGCCUGAAACGGUGAGUAGUAUCACCCAGCUUCUCCCCACGUGUUGCUCUAAUCUCAUGUAGUCUCGAACCUCGCAGGGGCAGGACCUCUCUGUCCCCAGCACAAGUAGGGGUAUGGUUUGCUGUUGGAAGUGACGGUCACAGAUGGCAGACAGGGCUGCUGAAGGGCCCCUAGCCCCCACUCUCCUCAGCCUCUGUGAUGUCACACUGCGACUUCUUUCCCUCCACCCUGGGCUGUGGCUUCUGAGGCUGCUGUGGCCAUGGGGCUCCUGGAGCCAGCAGUGGGGAGGGAGCCUGGGGGCCCUAAUCUCCCCUGGGGCCAUGGGAGGUCCAGCCAUGCCGCUCUUGAAGGAGCCCCAUAGCCCGCCUCAGGCCCCACCCUCCUGGAUCCUCCCAAGCCUAUUUGCCGCCUUCAACGUGGUGCUGCUGGUCGUUUUCAGUGGCCUCUUCUUCGCAUUCCCUUGCAGGUGGCUGGCCCAGAACGGGGAAUGGGCCUUUCCCAUCGUCACAGGCCUCCUCUUUAUCCUCACCUUCUUCAGUCUCGUUUCACUCAACUUCUCAGACCCUGGCAUCUUGCAUCAAGGCUCCAAUGAACAGGGCCCCACGAUGGUGCAUGUGGUAUGGGUGAACCACAGGGCCUUCCGCCUGCAGUGGUGCCCUAAGUGCUGCUUCCACCGUCCGCCCCGGACCUACCACUGCCCCUGGUGCAACAUCUGUGUGGAGGACUUUGAUCACCACUGCAAGUGGGUCAAUAACUGCAUUGGUCACCGCAACUUUCGCUUCUUUAUGCUGCUCGUCCUGUCACUAUGCCUCUACUCAGGUGCCAUGCUGGUCACCUGUCUGAUCUUCCUGGUGCGCACGACCCACCUGCCCUUCUCCAUGGACAAGGCUAUUGCCAUCGUGGUGGCUGUACCCGCCGCCGGCUUCCUGGUGCCACUCUUCCUGCUGCUGCUGAUCCAGGCCAUGUCGGUGAGCGCGGCCGAGCGCUCCUACGAGGGCAAGUGCCGAUACCUGGAAGGACACAACCCCUUCGACCACGGCUGUGCCAGCAACUGGUAUUUAACAAUUUGUGCACCGCUGGGACCCAAGUACAUGGCCGAAGCUGUCUGGCUGCAGAGAGUGGUGGGGCCUGAUUGGGUGCCCAGGCAGAACCCUAACUUCCCGAUGUGCCCCUCCGCGCACAGUCCCCCAGACCUCCCUGGGCCUGGGUCUGGCCCCCAGUCCCAACCUCUGGGUCUCGACCAACCAGGCAAGGGGCCCCCAGGGAGUGGUGAGGCUGCAGCCCUCCAGGAGGUGAGGAGUGUGUGCGUGUGUGUGCGUGUGUGUGCGUGUGUGUGUGUGUGUGUGUGUGUGCAGCAUGCAUGUGUGCCUGUGUGUGUUGGGAGGGGGCGUCUGCAGAUUGUACAGGUGUUGGGAGAAGCCCCCCAGUGUUGGGCUGGCCCUGAAGCUGGAGCACUUAGAGCUCGAGAGAGGGGCAUUAUAGGCCUGAAGAGUGUUGACAGUAGAGUCACAGGCCUCCAGAAUACACCAGGGGUCCCUGGAGACACAAAGGGAAAAGGCCGCACCACUCACUUGCUGGGUGGCCUUGGACCAGUCACUUACCCUUUCUGGGCCUCAGUUUCCUCAGCUAUUUAUGAGGAUUGAGACUAGUCCAGUGGUUUAUAAUUGGCGGGGGUGGGAGAGGGGGAAUUCCUUUACUUAAAGGCACCUUCUACUCUGAAGCCCAGUCUAUGAACCACGUGGAAGUGAAGCGUUAAGAGUGAUGUAGGGGUGGGUAACCCACAGCCCCUCCAGAGCCCCUGCAGUGACAUUCUGGGGUGCCAUCCCACUCCCUUUGCUCUGCCUGUUGGUGGGUGACAGUCUGGGCAGUUUCUUGCUCCCCAAUGGGUGGCCUGCGGGGCGGGGCUUAGGGAGAGCCCCCAUCCCCCCCACUGUGUGUUUAGCUCCACGCCAGCCCGGUGCUGCCCCUGCUGCGAGAGGCCCCCAGACGAGGCUCCGCCUACCUCUUGACCUUUCGCACUGGGAGAUGCCAGGAGCCCCCGCAGCCGAACCUCACCU